UUGACUGCAGUGGGAAGAGCAGAGCUUUAUUUGGGAGCAUUUGCUGAAAAGUUAGAUUGAGCAGAUAUGUCUGUCAUCACUGCUGUGGCGCUACUGGUUCUGCUUACUGUCGCUGAGGGUAUCAGUCUGGGGGAUCAAAGAGUGAUUCUGCGAUGUCAAUGCAUCAUCAAGGAGAAAAAGCCCAUUGGCCGUUACAUAAGUAAUGUGGAGGUGAAUCCUGGCAACUCCCACUGCAAAGAUACUGAGAUCAUUGCAACUCUUAAAAGGGAUGGGCAAAAGAUUUGUCUGGACCCUGAUGCUCCAUGGGUCAAAAAGGUGCUUGAAAGGAAACUGGCAAAGUCGACACCUUGAAGAUCUCACCUUAACAGAUUUAACUCAGAUGGAAAGAAGAGCACAUUGCCAUCAUGACUGAAGUUCAAGGUUGAAGCCUAGAUCACACUUAUGGAAUGCAAAAAGCUUGUUUUGCUUGAUAGGAAUGAGUCAGGUGGCAGGUUGGCAGCUUUUCCCGAGAGCCAGUGAGAAAGGAAGUGACACAAACCUAUAUCUUGAGCAAUAUGUUAAACAUCAUGUAUCUACUUACUUUCACUUUUAAGCAAUUAAAGCACAUGUUAUUUUAAUGUGAGGCAGGAUAUAUGUUAAACAUAAAAUUUUAAAAAACUGUUGGGUCAUUGCACAAUAAGUAGGCAUAUUAUGUAAGGCAAACCCAAACAUGUUUGAAGAAUGCAGGAGUCAAAUUUUACACAGCAGUGUCUUUGCACAAAUGUGUUUUCAGUCUAGUUGCUGUUUUACAUAUCAACUUUUUUUUUCUACAGCAGAAAUUAUAUAGAUAUUUGAAAUAAUCAAAGUUUUGCCUAUGUUUGUCUUUACACAGCAUACAGUAUGUACAUUUUCAUUUUAAAUAUGAAGAUUAUGAUUGUGAAUAAAUAAUCAUUUUACUUACAGACCAGAAAUCUGUUUAUAUUUCUUUCAAUCUUUGUUGUAUUUUGCUGUUUGGCAGAUGUUUGCAAGGGUGGAAAAUAAACAA